AUGACAUCAUCAAAUUUAAACAAACAUGGUUCACAUACCAAUCUUACAAACUCAACACCAAAAUCAACUUGUUUUGUUCAUUCUAAUCUUAAUCGAUCAUUUUCGUUAUCCGAAAUUAUUAAUAAUUGUGACGAUAAUCUCACAGAAUAUUCAAAUUUAGCUGAGACUGCAGUUAGUGUAAGAGAAUUAUCAAAAAAACUUGGUCAAGCUCAAAUUCAAAGCAGUAUGCAAACUGUUAUGAUAGUCACAAAACCAGGAAAUUUACGUUUGGUUAAUCUUACUCGCAAAUUAGUCAUGUAUUUAAUUACCACCCCUCGUUUUGGUAAAGAUCAUGGUGUCACUGUGUAUGUGGAUAAAGCUUUAAAAGAUGUUAAACAAUUUAAUUUUCAAGGAAUGUUAGAAGAAAUACCACUUGCAAAGGACUAUUUAAAAUUUUGGACAAAAGAAUUAU